CAGUUGCUGGAUGAAUUUCUAUUUCUUUUUCUGACUCCAACGAGUGCGUUUCAUAUUCACCAUCUGCAACGCAAGUCAAGUUUGCUGCUGUGUUGUCUGGAAGAAGACGCGAUGUCUGUCCGCUGGUGACAGGUGGUGGUGGAUAUCUGUUUUUUUUCUCCCAAACACCUCUUUUGUAAUACCGCUUUUUGUGGGCAAAAUAUUGUGUAUGGCUUAAUUCGGUUUCACAAUGGCCACAAUAUCGCCUAGGUCUUUUCUUUGUGCUCCCUGCCGAGUCCAUUUUUGCAUCAUAACAAACAAUUCACUUCCUAGUUUUAUUUGGUCAGACAACUACCUGAGACGGGGGAGGUCGAGUAUUCCACAGCCUAAUGACGUCUACGCAUAUGAUUGGUGGACCUUAACGGGCCCCCAAAAGCUCUCGUCCAAUCACGUCUGAGAUCAUUGUGCGCUGUAGUGUUUAAAAAAACAUUUAAAGACGGGAGCUGGCGGCAAAGAGGGAGACUGAAAUAUCUGAGACCCUGCGCUGUGAAACUGCUCUGUUUUCGCGGAAUACAAUGGCUGGAAGACAACUUGCGUUCGGCUCCCCCUCAACUCCUCAGCCAGGUUUUCUGCAGACCGAUCAAAUGAAAGUCCUGCUGAAUGCGAUUACGGGGGUGUCUCGUAUGAUGACCAGCACCAUGGAGUCGGUCGUAGAGAAGGUGGAGAGGAUCGGGGAGAGGCUCGUGCUUGUGGAGAGGGGGCUGGAAGGAGUCCACCAGAGACUCGAUAGUUUGGAGGGAAAAGUUGAUGCCCUCGGGAAUACACAGGGAUGCAGAGAAGAGGAGCGCACCCCGAAGAGAAGGCGGAUACAGAAUCCAAAAAUCGCGGAAGCAGUUCGCCGCCUGCAUAACUCGGAGACUAACCAGUUGCGUUAUAAUCCAGAACAAGGUAUGCUGUCGCCUCACAAUAUGGAUGUAACACAUCGCUUGAAGGAGACGAUAUCCAACAGUCCGAACUUCAGAGAGGUUGACAGCGACACUGUCGAGGCUGCUUGUAAGACGUACUUUGAGAACGUGCGGAGGAAUUUCCGAUACAGCAUGCCAGAGUUUUCAUCAAAGGCGGAUGCGGCACGGCAGUCAUCGAAAAGUCGCUCGAGGAGGAAACGGCUUCUGGAAGCCAGGCGUAGUGUACUGCAGGAUGGGGAAGACGCAGUUUUCAAGGGGGCUACCGUUGACCUCAUGUCUGAUGAAGAAGACUGCCUUGUCGAUGGGGUUGCGGUGUGGCUGGUGAGACCACCACCUUCUCGCAGCCAGGAGCUGACGGAUCUGUGUGCUUUGCUACAGGCGCGUCUGGAAGCCAACCCCAAGUACUUGCUGUCUCACCACAGAAGAGUGAAAGAGGCUCCCGGAAGCCAGUUUUGAUGCAGGAGGAGAACGCGAGGGCUCAGCAGGGACCGCAGCGAAUGUCAAACGGAAGCGUUGCGCUUAUUGUGUAUAUUGUAUAUUAUUGUACAGCACUGUGUUUGUUGUGUAGGCUGGUUUUCACUUAUUUUCUUAUCACAAUGUAAGAUUUAUUUUGUUGUGUGGCAUUAAAAGCGCUUGAAAAGA